AUGGCUCCGCCGGCGUGGGUCAUCCUGGGCGCCGUCCCGCGCGUGUCGGAGCAGCAGGACGCGGACCUCUCCCUCGACCUCGCCGCGCCGCCGCGCGUCUCUGCCCUCACCGUGCCCCCGCGCGUGUCCCCCGUCCAGGCCGACCCCACCAGCGGCGCCUGCCCCUGGGUUGUCACCGCGGACCCUGCCUCCGGCCUCCUCCUCCUCUGCGCCCCGCCGCCCCCUCCCGCUCCCACUCCACCUCUCCCGCCGGCCUACCGCAACGGGAGGCUCGUCCUCAACAUCACCGACAUCGAGCGCCGGCCGCCUGCCUACUUCGUCUGCGACGUCGCCUCCGCCACCGCCUUCCGCCUCCCGCAACCCGGCCGCGACCCGAGGGGGCUAGGUUCGGAGAUCAAUGCGCUGAACCUCGGCGUCGUCGCUGCCCCAGGAGCCGGAGGUGGUGCGCUGCGCUACAUGGUCGUCGAGUUCCGCUACAUGUUCGCAGACAAGCACGCCACGCUCCUCUGCUUCUCGUCCGACACCGGCGAGUGGGUGUGGAAGCCGGUGCACAACCCCCUGGGGCACUGGAUUUGGGGCAGAGACGGCGUCGUCGCCCACGAUGGCAAACUCUGGUGGGUGGAUCUCGCCGGGGGGCUCAUCUUCUGCGACCCUUUCGCGGAUGCGCCGGUGCUGGACAUCGUCCCGCUCCCAGAAAGCGACUGCCAUCUGCCUAGUGCCUCGUGCGCCCACUGCGCCGGGAGACCGGCGGCCUACCGCCGGUUCGUGCAGGUGAGCGCUGGCAAGUUCCGGUGCGUGGAGUGGAGCUCUCGCAGCAACGACGAGGCACCCAUGACGGUCAGCAUGUGGACGCUGAAUGAUCCGGAGUCCAAGGAGUGGGUUGUCGGAGUAAUGGGCCACGGGUAG